AUGAUGCGAAGGAGCAGGACAAUCGGAGGAUGGGUCGCUACAUAUAGUGCAGAGCCUCCCAUCGUUGGUGUCGUCAAGAUUGGGGUUGGAGGGCGGAAAGCGCGAUUAGUUGAGAAACGAGAGAAAGAUGAUGAGGCGUUUGCCACGUCGACUGAGAAGGAGAACCCUGGUAUGAAGAAGAAGUGGGAGAUGCAAGUAGAAACCCCCAGAGCGACGGGAGCGUCAGACGUCGGGAGAUCCAACUGUAGAGAGGCUGGGGACAUGCAUCGUAGCGAUGGUGAUGAUAGAGUAUGAUUAGAGGCUGCAGAUCAGCACACUCCUGCGCUUUCUCUACAAUGCACUGGGACGUUUUCUUCACAUUACACAUGGGGGAUUUGGGAACAGAGAUGGGCAGAUGGGAGAAGGUACAUUCUAUUGGAUGGCUCGUGGGAUGGGGCCGGUUGCGUUCUUCAGGGUAGUUUAUCAAAGUGGAGACGCUUGAGGUUUGGUAGGAUGCAGAGGCCUGUGUGCAGACGCGAGGUACAGUACGCCUCCCACCUGUCGAAGGCACGAAGCCCCGUCGGAGGUAUAUGAUUAAUGAUAGGUACAGUUGAGGGAAGGGUAAACAAAUCCCGCGUGCGCUACAGGUAGGCAGGGUGCGCGGGUGCGAGAAA